AUGCCAUUGGCCUCGACGAGCCAGGUAGAGACACCGACACCAACGGCCUCGACGAGCCAGGUUCGGACUCCAAAAGCGACUCCAAAGCGUACAGCGGCAAGUAAGAGCAAGGCAUCUACCCCGAAAAGGGUUAACGUUGAAGCUUUGAAAACUACGGCUCUGCUGAGUCCGAUAUCGCCCAAGCCGUCGAAAGGCAAGGCGGUAGCCCGGUCGAAGCCCGCGGCAAAAGACGCUCCAGCCGUCAAAAGUACGCCCGCCAAAGAGUUGAAGCUGAUCACCAAAAGGUUCGACGACGAGAAUCCCUGUGUUACACUGUUGUUAGAAGUGGCAGGAAAAGAGACGGCGAGGCGCAAUAGUCUCAGAUCUGCCAAAGAUCCUGAGCCAGGCAAAGGGAAGACACCCAGAACUGAGCCGGUUAACUUAAAAGGCAAAUCAAAGGGGCUGUUCUGUGAAACGGACAGCGCCGAAGAAGAGCUACUUAAGGAGAAACCAAUCCUCAAUAAGGCCCCGACUCAGGCCUCAACUCCAGCGGAGGAGCAAACCGCAGCAGCGACGACCGAGCUGCCUGGCCCGAUCCCACGAAGAUCCCGCCGGUUGUUGGACUCAGCUUCCGAGUCAGAGCCGGAGCUCAUACUCACGGCGGACGAAGAAGAAAAGUUCCUGAAAAAUCUAGACCUAAAUUCAAUUAGGCAGGACAAGACAGUCGAAACACUCGAAGAGGCGGCUAAGAAACUCGACCUGGUUUCGGAGCCGAUGAAUCAUUGA